AUGGUAUUAACAGUUAAGUCAACAAAUGAAUUUAAAGAUGCAAACAAGAAGGAAAGCAGAACUGAAGCAGAGCCGAAUGCAAAGGUUGUUAAUUGGACUCCUCCUCCUCAGGGGGUUUACAAAGUGAAUUGGGAUGCAUAUUUGAGCAAGAGAAGCAGCAAGGCUGGAAUUGAGAUAAUUGUGAGAGAUCAUGAAGGUUCUGUCAUUGCUACAAAGAGGAUGAAGGUAAGUUAUGCUCCAGACUCUCGUACAGCUGAAUCAUUGGGGGCUUAUCAUGCAGUUCAAUUUGUAUUGGAGAUUGGUGUUAGAAAGAUAAUCAUUGAGGGUAAUGCUUUAAAUGUUGUUAACUACAUAAAACAGGUAGAUAAUUCUUGCCGUUACUCGAGGGCCAUUAUUUGGGAUAUUAAAAAUGGUUUUGCUCAGUUAGAUUAUUGGGAAGUGGUUCAUAUAGAAAGGGGGUCAAACAUUGUAGUAGAUGCACUAGCAAAAAGUGCAUUAAGCAUUUCUGAAGAUGCUGUUGAGUUAGAGAGUUGUCCCUCUUGUAUUGUUUCCCUCAUUUGA